AUGACUAAAGGGGGCUAUCUAUUUGUUAUUGGUGUUUAACUCAUGUUUGAAAAAACAAAUGAUUUUGAAGAGAUAUAGGAAUAGUUUUUGAAAAAUCAACAAUCUAAAGAGAAGGAUACCCUCAUAAAAUAGUUUGGAUAGAAAAUAUCAGGAUUUCUCAGCAGUAUGGUCACUGAGAAGUAAAAUAAUGAAUUCAAGUAGUAGUUGAAUGAUUAGUUCAUUGUUUACAACCUGGGUGUAUUUGAUAAGCUCAAUCCAGAAGCUUCAAAUGUUUGGUUUAAUGAUAUGGAAAUUAUAGAUAGCAAGAAAGUACUAUGCAGUGUUGGAAAAACCAUAUUCUUAUACAAUAUUGAUAAUGAGGAAAGAUAGUUUAUCAUAGAAAUGCACUCUUAAAUACAGCAGCUAUACGUAAUCUCAAAAGAUCACUAUCUUAUCCUUGAUUGCUAUCUUGAACUUCAUUAAGUGAUAAAAGACCUAUAUAGUCCAUCAAUCUUAAAAAUACUAGAUCUUUCAGAGUCAGGUCUCUAACUUACUUAAAUUAAAAACUAAAGAUAUUAAACAGGUAUUGUUACAUCAUAAAAAUACAUAGGUUAUUUUCAACUUUCAAGGAAGAUGUAUGUAAUUUAUAAGAUUUAAAAUGAGGAUGGGUCACUUACAAUAGAUAAGACUUUUGAGUUUAACUUCCUUUAAGAGCAUAUUACAAUAGUUGAUGUGAAAAUGAUUGAUCAAAAAUACUUUCUGAUCACAACAGACCUCAGUUAGAUAAUCUUGAUAGCAAUAGACUUACUGAGCUAGAUCUAAAGAAACAAAUCAAUUUUAAAGCAUUCUAAUGACUAGCACUUUAAUAAUCUAUAGCUAUUAUCAUGCAGGAAAUAUGACAAUGAACGACAGGCUAUAUUGACUGUAAUUUAACUUCAGGUUAACGAUUCUUUACUAAAAAUUAGUAAAAUAUUGAUACAUGAAGAUAAUCAAGUUAUCUAAAUUGCUACGUCCGAAGAAGGCUUUACAAUUAAGAUAAAAGAUUAUGUAAAUGAAGAACUCAUUUAAGAUCUAUUGCUGGACAAUAUUUUCAAGACUGUUAAGACAAGAGAGGAAUUAAUUAAGCUAGAAUAACUAUUAGGCCAAAGUUAGCAUCACAUUAUAUUGAAGUGCUAUGAAAAAUUCUCUUAAAUUCUUCUUAAAGAAAAUAACUAUUCUAAAUCUAUCUAAUACUAUAUGUUGUCUCAGUAAUUUGAUAUUUAGUACUUGUUCGAAUCCUAUAUCUUCCCAUUAUAAAGCAAUAGCCCUAUGGUUAAAAUUAAGAAUCAAAAGCAAUAGCAAUAAGAUAUUUUCAUAGUUAUUAUGAACAGUAUAAUUGAUAAGUACUGCGAGAUGAACUAAAAAUUGCAGCUGGAUCUGAUGUUUAUAUUUGCUUUUUACAUCUUAGUAUAACUCAUAUACAAUCUUCCAAGCAUCCAGCUAGAUAAAGUAAUAGACAUUAUCAAGGAUAAGAAGCUGAGAUUAGUUUAACUACCAUCAAUUACAGGCAAAUUGAAAUUGACUAUUGAUAAGCAGCAUGACUCUCUUAGGUAUCAAAUGAUUUAUAACUUGUUGAAUGUACUCACAUCAAAGAAAGUAUAAUUAAUGGUGAAAUAAGAAUUAUUUAAAAGCUACCUUAAUGUGCUUAGUUUAAAGGAAAGUGAAUAAAUAAGUAGUGGAAAAAAAGUUGAUAAAAAUUAGCAUUCAAUUCAAGGUAAAAAUAAAGGAUCAAAGACAGCAAAUCUUCUUGAUCUGCUCGAUGAAAGCAUUGAUAGCAAAGUAAAACUAUAAGAUUAGCCAUAAUAAAUGAAAUAAAACUUAGCGGAUAACAAUUCUAAAUCUGAUUACUUUAGCAUAAUGAAUUUAAAGUAAAGGAUAGUAGAUGAGAAAGAUGAUAUAAGUUUAAGGCUUAUAAACAGAGACGACAUUAUUUACAAAGUACUCACAAAAUUAAACACGGACAAGACGAGUUAAAUAUUGAUUGCUUAUCUUUACGAGAAUUUCGAUAAGGUUUCUUAACUCUUUCCUCUAAUGAACAUCAAAGAACUAACGGAUCUCUAAAGUAGGUAUGAGCUUUAUAAAAGUUACAAAGGAUAAAAUAUACAGGUUAUGGACAUGAUAAGAUGCUUUAAUAAAAUUGAGAUCUUGGAUAAAAAAUAAAUUGCUCAAUAAUAUGAUUGCUUUGAGCUUUUGAUAUAAUACUUUAUAUCUCUCUAAGAGAAUUAGAAGUUAGACAUAAGAGAUGUAACUCUGAUUGGCAUAGAUAAUUCGGGCAUAUAAUUAGUUGAUAAGCUAAUUUAAGAUAGGGAUUUAAAGUCUAUAGUAUUUUCUAGAAAUGAGCAUCAGUUAUAGAGUGCUGAAACAACAAUAGCAUAAUAUAAAGAUAAAUAAAUAGAUCUAAGUAUACUGAAAGUGAGAUUAAAAUGGCUUUUGAAUAGAACAAAAAAUAGUACAGUAUAAAAUAUGAGAAUAAAUAAACUUAUCCAAAGUCAUUUAGAUUUUAUAGAUAUAUCUGAAUUAAUGAUGUGA